GCGCGCUUCCACCCGGGGAGGGCAGCGGUGCAGCCUUUCCCGAGUUCCCGGAUCCUCCGCCUGGCGUCUCCGGCUGGUUGGAACGCUGCUGGGGGCGAAAACAUGAGCGACCCUGCGGGAGAGUGUGCUCGCUUUCGGCGCUACCCCGAGCUCCCGGUGUGGGUGGUGGAGGAUCAUCAGGAGGUUCUGCCUUUUAUAUACCGAGCCAUUGGCUCAAAGCAUCUUCCUGCCAGUAAUAUAAGUUUUGUGCAUUUUGAUUCACACCCGGACCUCCUUAUUCCUGUGAAUAUGCCAGCUGACACUGUGUUUGAUAAGGAAACUCUUUUCGGAGAAUUAAGUAUUGAGAAUUGGAUUAUGCCUGCAGUUUAUGCUGGCCAUUUUUCUCAUGUAGUAUGGCUUCAUCCCACAUGGGCUCAGCAGAUCAGAGAAGGCAAACAUCGCUUUUUAGUAGGCAAAGACACUUCUACCACAACAAUCAGGGUUACAAGUACAGAUCAUUACUUCCUAAGUGAUGGUCUUUAUGUAACUGAAGACCAGCUAGAGAACCAAAAACCUUUACAGUUGGAUGUAAUUAUGGUAAAACCAUAUAAACUCUGUAACAGUCAAGAAGAAAAUGAUGCAGUGUCUUCUGCUAAGAAGCCAAAGCUAGCACUGGAAGAUGCAGAAAACACUGCUACUACUAACUGUGACUCUUAUUCAGAAGGACCGGAAAAAAACACAGUGACGCAGAAAAGGGCCCAAACUUGCCUAGAACCUUCCUGUUCAUGUUCUUCUGAAAGCCAGGAUUGCCAGACUACAGUCAGCACUCGAGAAAUUCUGGAAAUUUUGAAGAAAGGGGAUGCAUUUGUUUUAGAUAUUGACUUAGAUUUUUUUUCAGUCAAGAAUCCCUUCAAAGAAAUGUUCACUCAGGAGGAGUACAAAAUCCUACAAGAGCUCUACCAAUUUAAAAAGCCUGACACCAACCCAACAGAGGAAGAUUUGGUAGAUUGUGUUGAUACUAGAAUACAUCAGUUAGAAGAUUUAGAAGCUACUUUUGCUGAUUUGUGUGAUGGCGAUGAUGAAGAAACUGUCCAGAAAUGGGCUUCAAACCCUGGAAUGGAAUCACUAGUUCCACUUGUACAGAGUUUGAAAAAACGGAUGGAAGUGCCAGACUAUGAAAUGGUUCACCAGGCUGGUCUAACCUGUGAUUAUUCAGAACUUCCUCACCAUAUCAGCACAGAACAAGAAAUUGAGUAUCUUAUUCAGUCUGUGUAUUAUUUACUGAAAAAUUUACCAAAACCUACUCUUGUGACAAUUGCAAGGUCAAGUCUAGAUGAUUACUGUCCUUCUGAGCAAGUUGACACCAUUCAAGAAAAAGUCCUCAACAUGCUACACUCCCUCUAUGGGACCUUAGACAUUCAUCUGGUGUAUUCAGCAGAGUCUUCACCAUCUUGAAACAACAAAACACUAAGCUAUUACAUCCUGAUGUAGUAACAGGGUUUUCACUAAUUUAUUUGUAAAUGAGUCUUCCAGAAAACACUUCGUUUUUAUGUCAACUGCCACUUAAAAUCUUUCAGGUACCAUCAGUUGUUGAAUGAUGGCAAUUUUUUGGCAUCAAAUCUACACCCAAUUGAUGGAACUAUUGCUGAUCUUUCUUCCUUUCUAUAAUUGUCUUCACUUUGUGAGGUGUUUUUUUUCCCCUCUUUUCCCCUUUUUUCCCUAGGUCAGUUGGACUGUAUGAGAUUCGUUCAUUAAUUUAUUCACUCAACUAACUAAUAUUUAUUGAGUACUUAUAUGCACCAAUCAAUUAAGUGCUGGCUGUAUGGUAAUAAACAGACUAGACAAGGCCCCUGCCCUCUUGAGGGACAGGUGGGAAACAAAUUAUGGAUUGAAAAAAAAUGCUAGGAAGGAAAGGACAACAACACACAUGUAUUAGGUAUGUUCGUAGUACUUAGACCACCCUGGCCUUAUAGGAAAGUAACAUUCUCAAAAGCUACUACCAAAAAAAUAAUAAUAAUAAACUUUGCCAGUCCAUGAAAAUGUUGCAGGAAGUCUACCUCUCCAAGACUGUUGGGACUGUGGCCCAGCUCUUGCUAAAUGCUCUCAGCAUUGUUGGUAUUAAGGAGACCUAUUUAAGUAAACCAAACAAAAGUUAACUUUGUCAUUUGCUAAUCAGAAAAGCCCUUCUGGAUUUUUUGUGCCUCCAGGAUGGUCGGUGUGGGCAUUGAUUAUCAUAAUUCCUAGAUGCCACUUUAUUGGCAGUCAGGGUAGACACUUUUUUUCAAAUAAACCAGCUCUUUAAAUAGUAGAGGAAAAAGUUAAAUUCUUAAUUCUAGCCUACAAUACUGCCUUCCUCCAGCCUCCCCAUAAGAGACCCUGAGUCACUCUUAAUUAUGGAGCUUUUCAAUCCUUAAUUUGCUGAAGUCUUCCCGUUUUCAGUAUCCCUCAUGUUCAGGAAUCAUUUUUAACUACCUACUUGAUUUCCUUUAAAAGGUAGGAUGGCAUUUAAAGAAAAAAAAUCCAUUAUUCCUCAAUCCUAACACAGUAGGUAUUUUUCAUGUAACCUUCAGGCCGUGACCACAUGUGUACCUACCUGUAGAGUUGCAUGUAACAAAUGAUAGUGUUUUACCUAACUUUAUGGCUAAUACCCAAGGUCACAUUACCACUGCCACUCACUAGAUGGCAUCAGAACUCAUUUUCCCAAUGAUUCUAUUUUCCAGUGAAUUUUUCUUGUCACCACCUUGAUUUCCCAAGACUGAUAGUAUGAAUGUUUGUUUAUUAUGAAAAGCAAAGCAGACCGAUUCAUCUUUCCAUUUUGAUGGAACAUUCGUUCCAAAAGCUUUAUUUCUCUGUAAAAUCAGUAUUGCAAAAUAGUGCUGUUUAUUUUUUAAUUUUGAAAAAUUUUAUUAUAAUUCUGUAAAUAGAUGUUACUUUUAUGAGUAAAUUAAUUUUGUGUUCUAAAGAAAUAAAAAGGUGUAUGUUGAGUUUCUAAAAGUUUAAAAUCAAACUAUAGCACUAAUGGUAUAUGAUCUCAGUAUGUUCGUAGCAUUGAUCUUAUGAAUCUGGUUUAGUUAUUUUUUACAAUUCCCAUGAUCACUAAUAUGCUUCAGCAUUGUUUUAAUAAAAGGGCAUCAAUUUCCUUUUUAGCAACA